ACAUUCGCCUUUCAUUCGGUUGAAGGUCCACUACCAACAAUGGCAGCAACCAAAGACAAAAGUCACCAUCAAUUCCUCACCCUCUUCCUUUUACGCAAUGGAUUGAGUAGAAGAAGAAGAAAAAGAAAAAGACAAGAAAAGAAAAAUCAACGACUCUUUAUUCGUAUAAUCUGUCUUCACUCUUUGCUGACUCUGGCUGUUCGAGAGAUUGAUUCUUCCGUUUUUAAAUUCAGAAAUCGUUUUUGAAUAGGGCAAUUUUUUUUUGAAAAGUAUUGUAAUUAAAGUAUGGAGUGGAGAAAUCAAACUUUAAACCUCAAGAUCGAUAGUAGAAGCGUAGUGAGAAUUAAGAGUGGUGUGGAAAGAUUAUCGCGCAAUCGUUGCUCGUUCGUUAAUUAGGUUACAUUGUCAUUGAAUCCAUCUGAAAUAGAAUACUGCGUGUUUGUUUGCUGACACCGAGAGUCAACUCUGCGUCUUUGUGUAUAUUUUUACUUGUUGAUUCUGAGGCUUUUCUCCCUCUUUAUAAAUUUCCAAGAGCUGGCUGCAAUCCGAAACUUACUUAGGUGUUAGCACCAUUCUCUUUUUCCUUCAAAAUGACUCAGCAGAGCAGUGUCCCAACAGGAUACGAUCCUCCUCCAUUUGACCCAACUGAACCGUCUACUCCUAUUGCUUUCCCAAUCAAAACUCUCGAGGACCUUGAAUCAAGGGCCUACUUCAAGUCAUUUCACUACCCAUUUAAUAGAUCCACGGUUGCUCUUCAACCCGUGCCGUUGCCUGAUAGGCGGAGGAUGCUUGUGUGCCAUGAUAUGGCUGGUGGAUAUAAAGACGAUAAAUGGGUUCAGGGAGGAACUAACCCAGAUGCUUAUGCAAUAUGGCAUUGGUAUUUGAUCGAUGCUUUUGUGUACUUCUCGCAUGAUUUGGUCACACUUCCACCUCCUUGUUGGACAAAUACAGCUCACAGGCACGGUGUCAAGGUGCUAGGGACUUUUAUUCUUGAAGGAGGGGCAAAGGCUGUUCGUGAUACCUUACUUUUAACAAAGGAAUCUGCUCAAAUGUAUGCGGAGCGCUUAACUGAGCUUGCUAUUGCAUUAGGCUUUGAUGGAUGGCUGAUGAAUAUGGAAAUCUCUAUGAAUUCUCAACAAAUUCCUUAUUUGAAAGAAUUUGUCGGCCAUUUAACUCAGUCUAUGCAUUCUAAGCUACCAGGGUCUUUAGUUAUAUGGUAUGACAGUGUAACCAUAGAUGGUAAACUUGACUGGCAAAAUCAAUUGAAUGAGAAAAAUAAACCUUUCUUUGAUAUCUGCGAUGGAAUAUAUGUAAACUAUGGUUGGAAAGAAGAUACUCCUAAAAGCUCUGCUGCUGCUGCUGGAGAGAGAAAGUAUGAUGUGUAUAUGGGCAUUGAUGUUUUUGGGAGAGGUACUUAUGGUGGUGGAGAAUGGCAUACAAAUGUUGCUCUGGAGGUUCUGAGAAAGGAUGAUGUUUCGGCAGCCAUAUUUGCUCCUGGAUGGGUGUAUGAGCAUGAACAAGAAGCAGAUUUUCAGUCUGCCCAAAAUAAAUGGUGGAAUCUUGUGAAGGAAUCAUGGGGUAUUGUGCAAAGUUACCCAAAAUUACUACCAUUCUACUCAAAUUUUGAUCAGGGUCAUGGUUAUCAUGUUUCCAUAGAUGGAAAACAAAUAUCAAAUGCUUCUUGGAACAAUCUGUCCAGUCAAGGGUUUCAGCCUAUACUCGAGGUGACUGAUGCUUCAACUUCACAUUCUAUCCAAGCUUAUUUAAAUUAUAAGGAAGUCUACAAUGGGGGAGGGAGCAUUGCAUUGGAAGGGACUCUCGAGCAAAAUUGCUACACUGAAAUACGACUCUUUCAAGGAGAGCUUGUUUUGGGAGAAGUUCCUUUAACAUUCAUGUAUUCUUCAAAGUCAAAUGGGGAUUCUCAACUAGGCAUUUCGUUGGAGUUUCUCUCUAGCACAAAUAAGAGGAAGUUACUACUUACCUCCAGCAUUCAAAAGCAAUUGUCAAAUGAUUUCUCCGAAGUGAUUGAGACAAGUCCACUUAAAGUGCCUGGACUUUCUCCUGAUUGGUUUGUUCAAGUAGGUCAUAUUCAAACGAAUGGGUACACAUUGACAAAUAUAAAUAUUCUAUGCUACAGACAAAGCCUUGAAACUGAUGAACCAAUACAUAAACUCGAACUGGUUGAUAAAAAUAACACACAAGAUCGCGAUUUAUCUACUAAAUACUUUGCAGUGCUCGGAAAUAUCACUUUACGAUCUCAUGGUGAGCCCGAUCUUCCUCCCUAUAAUUCAUGGCUAGUUGAAAGUCCGUACAUUAACUGGACUCCAAGUUCAGAGGGAACGAGGACCCUUGACAUUAAGAUCACUUGGAAGUUGAAAGAUAGUAGUAGCCAUACAGUGUUUGAACACUACAAUGUCUAUGUGAUAAAAGUAGCUGAAAAUUGCAAAAACCGUCUCGGCGAAUUACAAAAUGUCCCAGAGUAUCUUGGGGUGGCACAUGUAGAAGCUUUUUAUGUUUCUAACCUUGCAGUUCCUUCUAGCACCUCAGGUCUCAAAUUUAUGAUCCAAGUUUGUGGAGUGGAUGGGAGUAGCCAGAGGUUGGAGGACUCUCCAUUUCUGAAUUUGCAUGUUGAAGACUUGGCUUUUGUAGACAAAUGAAGGCAGCAACUCUUCUAAUAAAUAAUACAUCUUGAGAGUUUCUCUUCUCUCACUUACAGGUUCACAUGCUCCUCCUUUCUACAUUAAACUUUGGAGCUGGCAAACUGUUUUGAAAAACAGUUUUCUGGUUUCUUACUGGGUUAAAUUUUACAAAAAAAGUAAAAUAAUAAUAAUAAUAAUAAUAAUUCCCCUAGGUUUCAAUUAUUUCUAGACCUUGAAAAAGGU